CGGAUGUUGAUAUGAUGUUACAGCAGGUGAUUUCCUGGUCAGGUCACAAUGAGGAGCUUCGUUUUAAUUUUCUUCACGGUCACAUAAAAAACCUGACGCUCAGUUCAAACAUCUAUUAAAGCGUUGUCAGAUAUUCUCCAGCUGAAAACAGGAAGUUACAAACACAAAGCAACAUGGCGCAGAAGCUUUUUCAGUCAGCAGCUGUGAAAACCGCCGCAGACUCCAGUUUGAUUUGGUGGAGACGUCACACAGACGAUGCUGUCGAGUCGUGGCACCAGUUAAGUUUCACCUGUGAGGAAGCUGCUUAGUGAAGCUGAACUAGAUUAAAGCUUGAACCCAGUUGAAACGCAGAGGAACCUUCCUGGGAAAACACCGAUACAAAUCCUGCACGAAUAUGGCACCAAAACGGGAAAUCUUCCUGUGUAUGUGAUGGAGAAGGCAGAGGGGGAGGCUCACCAGCCCAGCUUCAUCUUCAGCGUGAAGAUCGGAGAUGUGAGCAGCACAGGUCAAGGUCCCAGUAAAAAGGCUGCUAAACACCAGGCUGCAGAGGCUGCCCUGAGUAUCCUGCAAAAAGACACUGGAGCACUGAUCAUUCCUGUGAAGUCUGAGAGUAACGGAGUUGCAGCAGAAACCAACAAUCAUCCAAACUCAGUGGGGAUACUGCAGGAGCUAGCGUUGCACCGAGGGUGGCGUCUUCCUGAAUACUCAGUUUUAAUGGAGGCUGGUCCACCACACAAGAGAGAGUUCACUGUUACCUGUCGGCUGGAGUCCCUGGCAGAGAAAGCUGUAGGAAAUUCAAAAAAGGUGGCUAAAAAGGCAGCUGCAGAGAAAAUGUUUGCAAAGCUGCAGAGUCUGUCGGGCUGUUCUGAAAUCACAUGGAUGCCUACACCAAGUGUCCGGUUUGAGAACUUGAAGAACUCCCCGGCAGAGAAGAUGUGUUUACUGAGAAGAAACCCGCUGAGCAUUCCUAACACUGAUUACAUUCAGAUGAUGUUAGAGCUGUCCAACGAGCAAGGCUUUGAGGUCACGUACUUCAACAUCGAUGAGCUGACGGUGAACGGCCAGUACCAGUGUCUGGCAGAGCUGUCCACGUCCCCGGUCACCGUCUGCCACGGCACGGGCAUUUCCUGUAGCAACGCACACAACGAUGCGGCACACAGCGCCCUCCAGUACAUCAAGAUCAAGGCCUCCUCCAAGUAAACGCCACCGCAGUCGCAACAGCCUCUUCACCCGCGUUGUCACAUACCAUACAUCUGCUGAUGUCCACGUGUUCUUACCACUUAGUCUUCCUGCUCGAGGAUGAGGUUAAGAUUUAUUUUUUAUAAUAAUAUAUAUAUGACAAAGCAGUUCAUGGUCCACAAUAACUUGAUGAUAAGAUCUAAAUCAAUCAUGUGUUACGCAGGAUGUUCAGUGAGAACACUACUAUGAAUUUUAUAAAGCACUUCCUCAUGAUGUUUUUACACGUCUUGGUUUUAUUGUUUUUUUUCCACAAUAUUUUCUCUCACAAAGUUUUUUGCCUUUUUAAAGGCAAGACGCUUUCAUCUACAUUCGAGUUGAUGUAAUUUAUUUUUUUAUGUGACUUAGAUUUUUCUCGGCAGCUGGUUUUAUGACAGUCGAUAGAAACUUUAAAUUUAAAGUUGUUUAACUUAAACAAACUGAAGUGACCUGAAUACCAAAGGGAAUUGAUGAGGAGAGAUUAUUUUUGACAUUUUAAAUUUGAAAAUCAAACAACCAAAUGUUCGACUCUCACGAAACAUAAAACAUCUUUAUUUGACUGUUUGCUCUUUCUGCUGGUCUGUUCUCUGCAGUGUGCACCAUAGAACCUAGAAGUAAAUCCUGUGAUGUAUUAAAUGCAGUUACUGAUGGUGUCCUCGGCUGUAUGCACAUUGUUGGGAGAAAAAGGCAGCAACAAAAUCCAGAAAAUAAAUCCAAGCACUAAACGAUAACACGUGUUGUUUUCUGUCAGUGGUCAAACAACAGAAGGUUUUGAGAGAGCAGAUGUCUGUGAUUCCUGGAGGAGCAGUUGUCAGUGAAUGAAACUGACAAAUUAAGAUUUUCAGUUUUGCGAUUUUAAUUCUAAUUGGGGUAAAAUA